AUGGAGUGCAAUAAAGAUGAAGCUGUCAGGGCUAAGGAAAUUGCUGAGAAGAAGUUUAUGGGGAGGGAUUUUGCUGGGGCAAAGAAAUUUGCUUUAAAGGCUCAAAGCUUGUAUCCCGAGCUUGAAGGUUUAUCCCAAAUGCUGACAGCAUUUGAUGUGCAUGUUUCUGCAGAGAACAGAAUAAGUAGUGGAGAAGUUGAUUGGUACUGCGUGCUUGGUGUGAACCCCUGGGCUGACGAUGAGACAGUCAGGAAACAAUACCACAAGCUAGCUCUCAUGCUCCAUCCUGAUAAAAACAAAUCUCUGGGUGCAGACGGUGCAUUUAAGCUGGUUUCAGAGGCCUGGGGUUUGUUAUCUGAUAAGGAAAAGAGACUAGCAUACAAUCAGAAACUGAAUCCAGCCGGACGGCAACAGAGAGUAUCGACCCAGUCUAAGUUUUCCUCUGCCCAACACAGUGCAAAUGGCUUUCAUAAUCAAAACAGCACUGCAACUUCACAAACAAGGACUCAGAACAAGAAUAUGCAGUCGAGGCCCACCCCAGUCCCUUCUCCUUCAUCUCGAAAACCUGAUACAUUUUGGACUAUCUGCAAUCGAUGUAUGAUGCAUUAUGAGUAUCUGAGGGUUUAUCUGAAUCACAAUCUGCUAUGCCCCAACUGUCAUCAGCCUUUCUUGGCUGUUGAGAAGGAUCCACCUUCAAACGUUACGAAGUCAUCCCAGAAUUCAAGACCUCAUGCUGCAAAUAGCAAUCCAUUUAAUUCCCAAAGAAAUGGUGGUCAAAGCACAGGAUCUGAGGGGUUUGGAGUACGCAAUUCAACUAAUGGCCCAAACCAUCAAUGGGAUAAUUAUGCUAGAAUGAACGGUGCUGGAGGCAAAGUUGCGGCACCAUCAACUGCUAGUCAUGCUGAGAGAGUGGUUCAGAAGGCACAUGACCAAGUGAGGAGAGAGCAGGAGGAUGCACGGGCAGCCACUGAAUGGGAGAAGCGUUAUAAAAGGAUGAAUAAUUCUGCUCUUAGAGUAGACCAGCUCUCUAAGAGGAAGAGAUCUGAUGAAACCAGCAUGAACAAUUAUGGAGCUGAUAUUUUGAAUCGAGCAGCCACAGGAAAUGGUGGAGGAGGAUUGGGGAAUUCAUCUGAACCAAGGAGGAGCUAUUUUGAAGCACAAAGGGUUUAUGGCUUCUCAGAUAUUCAUACCAAGUCCAUGACCGUGCGAGAUUUGUCCCUUCUCGAGGUUCGAAACAUGUUGAUGGGGAAGGGACUCUUGGAUGUCCGUGGAAAACUUAAAGAAUGGAGCUCAAAUCCAGUGAAACUGAAAGAAACUAAAACACAGGAAAUCAUGGUGAACAGUGAUGCAAAAAAACAUAAGAAGAAUGUUGACUCUGCUGGCACUUCUUCCAAUGAAUCUACUAAGCAGGCAUCAGCACCUUUGUCAAUCAAUGUUCCGGAUCCUGAUUUUCAUAACUUUGACUUGGAUCGAACAGAAAGUUCCUUUGGGGAUGACCAGGUCUGGGCUGCCUAUGAUGAAAAUGAUGGGAUGCCACGAUAUUAUGCUCGAAUUCACUCAGUGAUCUCUUUGAAACCAUUUAAGAUGAAGAUCAGUUGGCUUAACUCAAGAACCAGCAGAGAAUUUGGUCCUCUAGACUGGGUGGGGUCUGGUUUCCUAAAAACUUGUGGUGAUUUCCAUACUGGCAGACAUGAAAUCAGCAAAACUUUAAACUCUUUCUCACAUAGGGUUACAUGGACAAAAGGCACCCGAGGAGUUGUUCGCAUAUUACCUAGAAAGGGAGAUGUCUGGGCUCUAUAUAGAAACUGGUCUCCAGACUGGAAUGAGGAUACCCCAGAUGAAUUGGUACAGGAAUAUGAGAUGGUAGAAGUGCUCAAUGACUAUGAUGAAGAACAGGGCAUAUCUGUCGUUCCUCUUAUUAAGGUCGCUGGUUUCAAGGCAGUUUUUUGUAGACAUGUAGGUUCAAAACAAGUUAGGAGGAUUCCAAAAGAAGAGAUGUUCCGCUUCUCUCAUCAGGUCCCGAAUCAUGUGCUUACUGGCAAAGAAGCUCAUAACGCUCCAAAGGGUUGUCUGGAAUUAGACCCAGCGGCUGUCCCUGUGGAAUUUCUCCAGGUUAUUUCAGAAGCCAGUGAGGCAGAACUGGUGGCAACUGGUAGAAAGGCUGAGGAAGAAAUGGCUUAG